AUGGAUCUCCCAGAUGUUACCUACGGCUUUGUUGGCAUUGGUCAAAUGGGCUGGGGAAUGGCCAUGAACUUGAGGCGAAAGAUUCCACAAAGCUCCAAUUUGCUCAUCUGCGAGAUGUCUCAGAGCCGCCUUGACCAGUUUGUCCAGGGCGCGCGGUUAAAGGGCAAGAUUGGGAUUGCAGGCUCCCCCAAGGAGUUAGCCGAGAAAGCAACAAUCAUUAUUACCAUGCUUCCUAAAGCCGCGCACGUGCGUGAGGUCUACACGAACAGCUCAUCCGGUUUUCUUGGAGCAGGAAAACAGCCCGCGCCUAUCCAUUUCUUCGAGUGCUCUACUAUCGAAGUUGCAACUAGCGUGGAAGUUAGCAAAGCAGUUUCUAAUUUGGAAAUGGGUACUUUCAUCGACGCCCCCGUCAGUGGCGGGCCCAAUGGUGCGAAUGCAGGGUCUCUUACCAUUAUGGUCGGUGGCUCUGAGGAGGCGUUCAAGUUUGCUGAACCCAUUCUCCAGUUCAUGGGUAAAAACAUCUUCCAUUGUGGUCCGGCCGGAGCUGGUCUUGCUACGAAACAGAUCAACAACUACCUGAGCUCGGUCUGUACUGUUGGUGUGUGCGAAGCUAUGAACAUGGGGAUCAAGUAUGGCCUAGAUCCGAAGACCCUUGCCGGUGUGAUUAACGUCAGCAGUGGACGGUGUUACAAUAGUCUAGAACAAAACCCGGUCAAGGGGGUAACGGCGGGAGCGGCGAGCGAGACUGAUUUUGUCGGUGGGUUCAGUGUCGAUUUGUGUAAGGGAGUCCUGGAGAUGGCUGUUGGCUUGGCAAAGAACGUUGGUGCUCAGUCUAUUCUGAACGACCGCGUAUUGGCUCUUUAUGAGAAGGCGGUCCAUGACGAACGCACCAGAGGGCGAGAUUCCAGAAGCGUCUAUCGCCUCUUCGCAGAUAAUGAUGUAGCCUUGGACUAA